GAUGAUCAGAGUUCUUCUGGUGUUCCAGAUCUUAGAAGGAGCAGGUCACUGUCGUCAUCUGCUUGCUAGUUCAGAGAUCCAACGAGGUCUCCUUCAAGUAGCAUUGUUAGUGAUCCAUAUCAUCAAUUUGAGCGUUCAUCUCGUUGUCAGGCUCCUAACUAUGAGAAACAAAAGCGAGACACGACAGCCCAAGUUUCUUCUGUCCAGAAUUCGCACGGAUAUGAGAGACCUGGGUCUACCAGUUCUUCAAGAUCCCAUCACGAGUCAUCUGGGAACUCAUUCCAGCAACAUUUCAAGUAAGGUUCUUGAUCGUUACAUUGAUGGAGAGCAGCAUCCGGAGGAAAGUAGGCCCAGGAACAAUUCACAAAGAAAUAAUAGUAGACAUGGGAGCUAUGGUUGGUUACACACCUCACAAUCUCUUUUGCAAACAAUUAUUCGGACAUAUCCUCAGGUUGGUUACACACCUCACAAUCUCUUCCAUUUGCAAACAAUUAUUCGAACAUAUCCUCAGGGUGCUGUUAAUUUUGCAUUAAUGAUGUCGCAAAUGGAGGGAGGUUUCCCAGUUGAUUACAACACCAUAACUGAUUCUUUUCUUAAGAAAUCUGAUCCGUGAGGUAACUGCCUUUCUCCUAGAUUUUCUGUAUCCACAGGGGACAAGCUUGGAUGCAGUGAGGAACUAGGAGAUCUUGUAAAGUCACUUGUUGAAUUUUU